ACGUCAGUUCAUUCAGAACAGUCGAAGUGCGCAGACCACUGGGAGCGAAACACCGGGAGAAACCAGGCCAGGAGUCGAAGUCGACCUCCCACCUCCAGCCAGAUCCGAAUCCUAUUUGGGACACCACCAGCCAGUGCAAGUGAAGUGCCGCUCGCCGUAAACAUGCCACGCAUCUCGUUGCCCGGCAGUAGCCUGAUGCUAGUCCUGGCACUGAUCCUGUGCCUCAGCCCUCCCAGCCGGGCGGUGCCCGCCUCCGUGCUCGCCCAGGACACGGAGCUCUCCACCAGCGCCAACCACAAGCUCCAGCAGCAGCAACAGCAGCAGCAGCAACAGCCGGCCGCAGCCAAACGCUCCGAGGAGGCGAGUGCCGUGCCCACGGCGGACAAGAAGUCGAGUCCGGAAAUUGUGCCCGCUUCCUUCAGCAACGCUCCGUCGGCCCGGAACAGCCCAGUUCCGGUCUCCAGCCAGCAGCAGCAGGUGCCGUCCGGAGUCUACGCCCUGCCCUCCAACGAGGAGAUCCUGGCCGCCGUGGCCGCCGCCGCCCAGAACAGCCAGCAGCAGCUGCAGGAGGAGCCCUCCGCCCUGGAGGAGGAGGUGGCCAGCUCCACGAUGCGCAAGCGGGGCAUCAACUACGAGUACAACCCGUACUCCGUGGCCUCCAGCGACUACGGCAGCGAUGUACCCAGUGGCGUCUGGGCCGACGACUACGAGGCCGCCGUGCCCGUCAGCUAUGGCGAGCGGGAUCUCCAGGAGAUCGAUGACUACGUGCCAGAGCGAAGAGUGAGUGGCUCGAGUGCGCGGAACAAGGCCUACGACAAUCUGCAGAAUCUCCUGAACGCCGAGGCCUACCUGGAGAGCAUUCCCCUCUCGGUGCCGCUGACCUAUGCCAAUCGGAACUACAACCUGGAUGACCGCAACAAGCGGGGCAUCUACUACAACCUGGCCACUCCCGGCGGCAAUGGGGCGAGCAGCCUGGGCAGUGGAAGUGGCUACAACGGCGAGGGUAUCAACCUCAACAAAUACCGACGAUUCAACGACAUGCGACUGAAACGCGACACCCAGCUGAACCCCGCCGACAUGCUGGCCCUGGUUGCCCUGGUGGAGGCCGGAGAACGGGCGCGCAAGGAGGGCGAUGCGGAGAGCUCCGGACCGGUGCCCAUGAUCGCCUCCGAUGACCUGGACUACGCGCCCGCCGGCAGCUGGUUCGACGUGCCCGUGCAGGCGGACUACUACGGCGCCGGAGUGCCGCUGGACAACCAGAACCAGGCGAUGCCCAAGUACGAGUACGUGCCGCGUCAGCACAAGUACAGCGGAGUCAAUAGCCGAUUCGGCUCCUCGAAGCAGCGCUACAUGGUGGCCAAGAAGAAGCGCUCGGUGAGCCAGAGCCAAUUCAUGAACGAGCCGGUGGCGGAGCGCGGAUCCGGCUACAAUGGCGAGAAGUACUUCUAAGGAUCCCGCGCGGAGAUAGUCUACGUAGCACCUAAUGAUAGCCACAGGCCCCACGAAGAGUAUUUCUCGUUUUUUGAGCAUUGAACAUAUUGAUCAUAAUCCAAGAAAGCAAAAACCAAAAUCCAAAUUCAAUUUCCAAUUCAAUUAUGGUAAAGAGCUAGGUCAACUCGUGUGCAAUUUUUGUGUAGAACUUCACUUUAAGAAGCCACUGGCGAGAAUUAAACUAAUGUGGUGCUUCAGGAACAUAAUCAAUCAGUGUCUAGGAUUUUGUCCCACGGAAUCCGCACCGAACUAAACCGAAUCUAUAUCUGCGCCACCUAAUCCCUGUAAGAAAUCGGUGUCUAUGUACAACUACUGCAAUCUGGAAUCCAGCGGAACGCAACUUGUAUCUGUAUCUACUUGUGUAAUACUUAUCGAACUAGAGGCUUCCCGACUAGUACAAAACGAGAGGAGAACGUCAACUAUGAAUAUGAAUAUAUAUGAAUAUACCUAUACCUAUAUCAAUCCUAAUCGAGCUCAGAAGCAACUAAACUCCUCUAACCGCUUUAAUUUAAUCUAAACUUGUACUAACUAAAGCCAAAUCCAAGUAUUUUGAAUGCCAUCACAUUCCGAACUACACUUUUUAUGGAUCCCCGCCGACUUGGGGACAAACGAUCUGACAAUUGAUGAGAAUUUUAAUCGUAUUUAGCGAGUAUCGCAGCUAAUAUGUUGGUAAAUUAUAUAUAUAUAACUAUACGUAUACAAUAUGCAAACAAUUUGUCGAAAAUUUUGUUAAGAAAUGGCUCAGGGCAUAAAUAUUUUAAAUAUUCUAUGCCGACGACGGAUAGGCGUAUCUUUAAUUUGAAUAAAAUUGUCUGACUGUUUUCGGUAAUAAUCAAAUAUACAUACAUAUGUGUACUAUGAAUAUGGUAAAAUAAAUUAUACUAUACAGACUUAAAUAAAAUAGCGUAUAUAUAUAUGUGUGUGUGUGUAUACAAUACAAUGCAGAUUAUAUAUAUAAACGUAUGUAAAUGAACACUCAAGUAACCUUAAUAUUAUAUAUACUUUCACUCUGAA